AUGAACCGAUCGUUGAUGGAGGCUAGGAUGGAGGCAGAGAUGGUGAUGUUCGGAGCCAUCGACGAUCUGUUGGCGAAAACGGGUGUCAAGACUCAAGAUAUUGGAAUUCUUGUGGUGAAUUGCAGUCUAUUCAGUCCUAUGCCAUCGCUUUCAGCCAUGGUUGUGAACCAUUACAAGCUUAGGAGCAGUAUUUUGAGCUACAAUCUUAGUGGCAUGGGCUGCAGUGCAGGAGUAAUAUCUAUAGACCUUGCCAAUAAUAUUUUGCAGGUGCACCCCAACUCCUAUGCCCUAGUGGUGAGCUUAGAAGUUAUGACUCUGAAUUUCUACGUUGGUAACAACCGGCCAAUGCUCGUCUCAAACUGCCUUUUUCGAUGUGGUGGGGCUGCAAUAUUAUUGUCUAACAGACCGUGCGAUCGCCUCCGAUCAAAAUACCAACUCGUCCACACUGUACGAACGCACAAGGGUGCAGAUGAUAAGUGUUAUGGAUGUGUGUCCCUAGAAGAGGACGAUAGCAUGCGACUUGGCAUUGCUCUUUCAAAAGACUUGAUGGUUGUUGCUGGAGAGGCAUUAAAAGCAAAUAUUACAACACUCGGGCCAUUAGUUCUUCCCAUGUCUGAGCAAAUCCUAUUUUUCGCCGUCUUAGUGGCAAGAAAGAUCUUUAAAAUUAAGAUCAAGCCAUAUAUUCCAGAUUUCAAAUUUGCUUUCGAGCAUUUUUGCAUUCAUGCUGGAGGAAGAGGAGUGUUGGAUGAGGUAGAGAAGAACCUUAACCUAACUCCAUGGCACAUGGAGCCUUCAAGAAUGACUCUCUACAGGUUUGGCAACACUUCUAGCAGUUCAUUGUGGUACGAACUUGCCUAUACUGAGGCCAAAGGGAGGAUCAAGAAGGGUGAUCGCACUUGGCAAAUUGGAUUUGGAUCGGGUUUCAAAUGUAACAGUGUUGUUUGGCGCGCGUUAAGGACAAUUAAUCCGGCUAAAGAGAAGAAUCCCUGGAUGGAUGAGAUUGAUGAAUUUCCUGUUCGUGUGCCCAAAGCCUUUGUUAUUGAUUCUUGA